AGGCUUAUUUUCAUGCACCAGAAGAUGUUCCAUUCAUGAAUUCGGAUGCUGAUCAGAAGAAAGUUGUUGCAGUUGGUGAUGUAGACGAAGUAGUCUUUAAUGUAAUGGAAAUUGAAAAUGAUCAAACCAUCGUAAACGUCCCAAUUAAAAAAAGAGAAUGCAGAUUUCCCAAAGAAGUUCCACAUUAUUUAAAAGUCCACAAGCUCUACAGUUACUCUACAUGUAUGGUUCAAUGCCAUGCGAAAUAUCAUUUGAAAAUGUGCAAUUGCACUCAUCAUUUUAUGCCUUAUUACAGCAAACAAGGUUACUGCGAUAUCGAUGGCCUAAAGUGCCUGACCGACAAUUUUGAAAUUUUCAACCGCCUGAGACUCCUGAGAGACACUGAAGAGUUAAGAAACAUAUGCGAAUGCCUACCCUCGUGCACUGAGCCUGAAUACAAUAUUAUUUCACAUAAGAAAACGUAA